AUGGAGGGGGUCUGUCUACCGAGAGAACACGGGAACAGCAGGAGAGGAUGGGGGAGGGGAGUGAGGGGAAGUUGCAACGAUUAUCGAAGGGAAGCCCAGCUGGUGAGCGCCCACUCGCCCACCAUCAACAUCUGCGCGCGCGCACUGCUUGCACUCACCUCUGCUCUCACGCACGUGCAUGCGUUCACCUCUGCUCGCACGUACGUGAUUGCGCUCACCUCUGCCCGCGCUCAUUUGCUUGCGCUCACCUCUGCUCGCGCGCACGUGCUUGCGUUCACAUCUGCUCGCGUCCACGUGCUUGCGCUCACCUCUACUUGCACGCACGUGCUUGCGUUCACAUCUGCUCGCGUGCACGUGCUUGCGCUCAACUCUGCUCGCGCGCACGUGCUUGCGCUCACCUCUGCUUGCGCGCACGUGCUUGCGCUCACCUCUGCUCACGCGCACGUACUUGCGCUCUACUCUGCUCGCGCGCACGUGCUUGGCGUGCCGCAGCGCCGUGCCGAUGAUUUCCGCAGCUGCUGCAGCGCGCCAAUGGCGUACUGCAGAUUGCUUCGGGGAGGCGGGGAAGUGGGGCUGGUGGAAGAGGCGGAGGCGUCAGCGGAGGAUGAGGAGGAGGGUAAGGGGAAAGGUGGGGGGGGAAGACGUGGACGAGCGAGCUGUUGCGCGCGAAGUGGCGGCACCUUUGGCGGCGGCGAUUGCGGCGGGUUCAACGGUCAUCAUCCCCUGGCAGGCGGGACGGAGGAGAGGCAGGAAAUGAAGACGGAAGGGAUAUGA